UACGGAGAAGGAGGAGCUGUCACACUACAGUCCCAAGAAAAGAAAAGUCCCAUAGAAGAAGCAUAAGCAAGUAAAAUUUUACGUUAGUGGACUAUUUGUGCAGGGUUAGAAUGGAAUGACACAGGCAAUUUAUCCGUCGAUGAAGAAUGAAUCGUUUACAAUUUACAAUGGCAAGACUGUUCCGAAUCUGGAUCACUUUCACCUCUCUUACUUUGGUUUUGAGUGCGCGGCCGGAAAAGAAAGUGUGCCAGGGCAUCACCAACAAGUUUAACCUGCUGGGCUCCAAAGAGGACCACUACCUGAACAUGGUGAAGACCUACAGCAACUGCACGGUGAUCCUGGAGAACCUGGAGGUCACCUACAUGGAGGAGCACCACGACUUGUCCUUUCUCAGCUCUAUUCAGGAAGUGAGUGGUUAUGUUCUGAUUGCCCUCAACACUGCAUCCAGGAUUCCUCUGCAGAACCUGCGCAUCAUCCGAGGCCAUUCUCUCUACGAUGAAAAAUAUGCACUGUCUGUGCUAUCCAACUAUAACAGAACCCUGGGUUUGGGAACCAAUGAGCUUCCUCUGACCAGCCUGACAGAAAUACUAAAAGGAGGAGUGAAGUUCUCAGGUAACCAACUGUGCAAUGUUGACACGAUACAGUGGUAUGACAUUGUGAACGGCGACAGCAAACCUAAAAUGGAAUUUCCGCUGUUGAGCAACAACCCACUCUGUAAAAGAUGUGAUCCAAGUUGCUUUAAUGGUUCAUGCUGGGGACCUGGACCAGAAAACUGCCAGACAUUGACUAAACUGAACUGUGCUGAGCAAUGCUCUAAGAGAUGCAAGGGCCCUUCACCCAGUGACUGCUGCAACGAGCACUGUGCUGCUGGCUGCACUGGACCCAGGCCCACCAACUGUCUGGCUUGCCGUGACUUCCAGGACGACGGUACGUGUAAGGGCCACUGCCCCCCCCUCCAGCUCUACGACCCAAACCUGCACAUGUUGGUCCAAAACCCGGAUGGGAAGUACAACUUUGGGGCCUCCUGUGUCAAGCGCUGCCCACAUAACUAUGUGGUGACGGACCAUGGCGCAUGUGUCAGGACAUGCAACAAUGAAACCUACGAAGUGGAGGAGAGAGGGCUCAGGAAAUGCAGGAAGUGUGAUGGACUGUGCCCCAAAGUUUGCAAUGGACUCAAUGUGGGAACACUGGACAAGGUGCUGUCAGUCAAUGCCUCCAACAUUGAUUCCUUCAAAAACUGCACCAAAAUCCAUGGAGACAUUGCUAUUAUCCACACAUCCAUUUACGGAGACAAGUUCACCAACACACCAAGAUUGGACCCUUACAAACUUGACGUUUUCAAGACGGUGAAAGAAAUUACUGGAUACUUAUUGAUUCAGACUUGGCCAGAGAACAUGACCUCCCUCAGCCCCUUUGAGAACCUAGAGAUCAUCAGAGGAAGAACCAAGCGUGGAGCAUUCAGCCUGGCUGUCACCAAGGUCAACAUUGACCACCUGGGCCUACGCUCUCUGAAGGAGAUCAGUGAUGGAGAUGUGGUCAUCUCAGACAACCCUAACCUGUGCUACACCAGGAAACGCCACUGGAAGCGGCUCUUUAAGUCCGACAAGCAAACCAUCCGUAUGGAGAGCAUCCAAAUUGGAGACGCCUGUGCGCUGCAGAACAGCUCGUGUGACAAGAUGUGCACCAACGACGGCUGCUGGGGUCCUGGGCCGGCCAUGUGCUUCUCCUGCAGAGACUACAGCCGAGAGAGGACCUGCGUGGGCUCCUGCAAUGUCCUGGAGGGAGAGCGUCGGGAGUACGUGGUUAACCAAGCCUGCAUGGAGUGUGACCCCGAGUGCGUAGCCCUCAAUGAAAGCCAGACCUGCUCUGGACCUGGUCCAACAAAUUGUACCCUGUGUGCCAACUUCCAAGACGGACCCAACUGUGUUUCCCGCUGCCCGCAAGGCAUGCCAGGAGAGGACGACACUCUAGUCUGGAAAUACGCAGACAAAAUGAACGUGUGCCAGCUGUGCCAUAAAAACUGCACCCAGGGAUGUACCGGUCCUGGUUUGACAGGCUGCCAGACAGGAACCUCAGGCCUCUCGAUGAUUGCGGCGGGCGUGGUGGGCGGGCUCCUAGCGAUGCUCCUCGCUGGCCUGUCUGUCUUCGUCCUGCUGCGCAGGCGCCACAUCAAGAGGAAGAGGACAACGCGCCGACUCCUCCAGGAGAGAGAGCUGGUUGAACCUUUGACCCCGAGUGGAGAGGCACCCAAUCAGGCUCUGCUCCGGAUCCUGAAGGAGACUGAGUUCAAGAAGAUCAAAGUGUUGGGAUCAGGUGCCUUUGGUACCGUUUUCAAGGGCCUGUGGGUCCCAGAAGGAGAAGAUGUGAAGAUCCCUGUUGCCAUCAAGGUUUUACGAGAAGGGACAUCACCAAAAGCCAACAAGGACAUUCUGGAUGAGGCCUAUGUGAUGGCCAGUGUGGACAACCCCCAUGUGUGUCGUCUGCUGGGGAUCUGCCUGACCUCCACGGUGCAGCUGGUCACACAGCUGAUGCCCUUCGGCUGUCUGCUGGACUACAUCAGAGAGAACAAGGACAACACUGGCUCCCAGUACCUGCUCAACUGGUGUGUGCAGAUUGCCAAGGGGAUGAGCUACCUGGAGGAGCGUCACCUGGUCCACAGGGACCUGGCUGCCAGGAACGUGCUGGUGAAGACCCCCCAACACGUCAAGAUCACCGAUUUUGGCCUGGCCAAGCUCCUCAACGCAGACGAGAAGGAGUAUCACGCAGAUGGAGGGAAGGUACCAAUCAAAUGGAUGGCACUUGAGUCCAUUCUGCACAGGACAUACACACACCAGAGUGAUGUUUGGAGCUAUGGUGUGACGGUUUGGGAGUUGAUGACGUUCGGGUCCAAGCCCUAUGACGGCAUACCUGCCAGUGAGAUUGCUGGAGUGCUGGAGAAGGGGGAGAGACUGCCCCAGCCACCUAUCUGCACCAUAGACGUCUACAUGAUCAUGGUCAAAUGUUGGAUGAUCGAUGCGGACAGCAGGCCACGUUUCCGCGAGCUGAUCGCCGAGUUCACCAAGAUGGCGCGUGACCCGUCACGCUACCUCGUCAUUCAGGGGGACGACCGGAUGCACCUCCCCAGCCCCACGGACAACCGCUUCUACCGGAGUCUGAUCAGCGGCGAGGACAUGGAGGACGCCGUGGAUGCAGACGAGUACCUGGUGCCCCAGCUUCACAGCUUCUUCAGCAGCCCCAGCACCUCCAGGACCCAGCUCCUCCACUCGGCGAGCCUGAACAGCAGUAUUGGAACGUGCCACAGCAGGAACGGGCAUGGGUUGUUCCCCGUCAGAGACGGAAGCAUGGUUCUUCGCUAUAUUCCUGAUCCCACAGACAGAUUUUUAAACCAGGCCUUCCAACCAGCCCCAGACUACAUGAACCAAAAUGGGGUUUCAGAUAUGCUGAACCCAGUGUAUCAGCACCCUGGCCCCCCCCGUGGCCUCCUCCCCACCAUCUCCUCAGACGACACAGAGACAGAAUACCUGAACUGCUUUAAGAAUGGAGCGGAUGGGCCAGAGUACCUGAACGAGCUCCAGCCUGUGUUCCUGGCCCCCACCCCUAACAGCCCUGUAGUCCACAAAGUUCAGACAAUCCAGCCUCAGAACAGCAUGGACAACCCAGACUACCAGCAGGACUUUACCCCCACCUUCAAGACCCACGCCAACGGUCACAUCCCAUCUGCAGAGAACGCCGAGUACUUGGGCCCAAACUGAUGGCUCCUCCCAGGAACUACAACUCCCAGAGGGGUGGGAAAGAGUCAUAGAGGCAUGCUCUCCAUAUUGUUUGGAUAGGGCAGAAUGUGUUGGUUUGGAGGGGCUUGUGGUAUUGUGAGCAGCUCUGUUGUGUUAUACAGUAUACUGUAUUAUCCCUGCCUGAAGGUCUCUAGUGAGCCGUGCAGCUUUCAAUUUCAUUCAAAUGUUGUAAGACGUGUACUGUCAAACUCUCAUUUCAAAGCCUUUUAUCAAACCUAUAUGGACAGACAAAUUUGGGGAAUGGUUGAAUUCUCGGUUGGAACUGAGUGUGUUUGGAGGACUGAAACUACCACAUUUGAAUUAGGCUUACCAUAUACUGUACAGCACAAUACUUUCAGAUUGCCCGCUGUCAGAAAUGGUCAAUCAGUCACGAUGUAGCACAGAAUGCUGUGAUGUGAAUAUGUUAGUUGAGACACUACUACCAGACAAGAUGGUGCAAUGGAAGUCAGAAUUUCUGUUGUAAGUAAUGACUGUGGCAGCUUACCCAACCACACAGUAAUGGUACAUGUAGAAAUGAGAUAUGUGACUGGAAAACAUUGGUCAGUGGUGGCAGUGUGUUGCUCCUGCAUUGCAGGUAGAUGUUUGGAGUUUACGGGACUUGAGACCCUGAAUAUUGCAUCUACAUGUGUUUGAGUGGUGUCUACAGAAAACAACAUAGUUUAACGCAGGCUGGGCUGGUCCAUUUAGUUUGGCGAACCAGGAGCUUUGGAGAAAUGACAGAACUGAUCCACAGAGAUGGCCUAGUGAGCCUAUCGUGGCCCUGCUGAGGGUUCCAAAACCCAUAUUAUGAUGCCCAGAUGAGACGCAUUGGCCCAGAGAAAUAGCAUCACUAUUAGGACACCUCUGUGUGUAUGUCAGACUCUAAUAUUUACAUGGUCUCGAUGCUUGUUGCCAUUUUGUACAGUCUUAAGUACUGACUCAACUUCUAUUGAUCAGCUCAGUGCUUUGAAGUCAUGUACUCUUGCAGGGACAGGACAUUUAAAUAUGAAUCUUUUUCCUAGUUUUAAAGGAACAUAGUUGCUAUUUGUGAGCCUACAGUACCAUUGCAGAUGUGACACAGGUACAUAAAAUGUGUGUGAUAAUACUGUGUACUAUAUAUAUUCAAAUGGACACUUUGAACUUAUUCUAUCAUUCCUUCUCUAGAACAGUCCUGCCACUUUAUACAUAAAUAUGCACUUCUUGAAUUGUAAUGAUUUCAUUUCUCGGUGAAAAGGAAUAAAAGUUCUUUUUUUAUUGAA